CAAAUGAGUUAGAUGCACAAAACUCGCCUUCCAAGUCUGCUGCAAAGAAGACAUUGACCAAAAAGUAUAAUACAGCUUUAAUUGACCCAAACACUGAAACAGAGGACAGUGAGUCUUCAUGUUGUAGAAGAAGUCCUUGUAGAGGAAAAAGUGCUUUCAGAAAACUAAAUCAAAUAGACAGUGAUGUGGAGGAACCUAACACUGUGGAAUCAGCAUGCCAUAAACUAGACCAUAGGACUCCGGAUGAAAAUGGUAUACAGGGUGAAUUCACAACUGCUAGCCAAUCUAUGGAUGGAUUACACAAAAUCAGGCUAAACUAUAGUGAAGACUCAACUGAUGGCAGUAAACUAAAUGAAGAUGAGCUUAUAGAUUUUUCUGAAGACCAAGAUAACCAGGAAGACAGUAGUGAUGAUGGUGGCCUCAUAGAUGAUAACUGUAAUUCAGAAAUGGGACAAUGGCACCUGAAGCCUACUGUCUGCAAACAGCCCUGCAUUUUGCUCAUGGACUCACUGAGAGGCCCUUCCCGGUCAAAUGUUGUGAAAACACUACGGGAAUAUUUAGAGGUGGAAUGGGAAGUCAGGAAAGGUAACAAAAGAAGCUUUUCCAAAGAUGUCAUGAAAGGUUCCAACCCAAAAGUGCCACAACAGAACAACUUCAGUGAUUGUGGAGUGUACAUACUGCAGUAUGUGGAGAGCUUUUUUGAG